AUGGCGCCGGUGGCAGUCCAGGAUCUGUUCUCGCAUUGGAGAUCGCCAGAAGCGAAUACCGGCGACCUUCCUGGCAUGAUGUCGCCGCCUCUACCGACAGCCGACGUGAUGCACCCCAGUUUCCUCCCCACCUGCGAGGUCGGAAAGGAUGGUGGCGAGAUGCACUCACAUGCCGUUGACCUUCUCGCUCUCGCUGGCGGAUCAACUAGUAACGGCAACCACUCUGUUACUGCGACGGCGCUGCACGGAGCGGAGGGAACGUCCGUGCCCAACCCUUCUUAUCUCUCCUCCACACGGCCACCCAAUGGGCAUGGACACCCUGGCUCCAACUCGGCCGCGGCCCACACCCCAAAAGCGCGCCGAAUGAGCUCUUCGACUCAUGGGGUCCUAGGCCGUGGCAAGCUGGGCUUGACUGGUGACCCAAACUUGGGCAAGGAUGCUCGUCCCACUCUGUCGACGUCGAUGACGACGGCUGCUCCUAUCCCAGUCCGCCGCACUUCCAACGCGGCUUCCAUAGGGCUGCCAGCAAUGUUCGACUUUGGCAAGACGGACGGCCGUCGACCGGCUCCUGCACGCUCGUACUCAAACCGCCAAGUCACAGUUGCCGCUUCGCUCCCUGCACGAGGACUGGCUGGGGGUGCUCGCCCCCUCAAUCCCCCGCCCGUUGUUCAGAACGACGACAUGGAGCUGGACAUGUCCUUUGACGGAGACGAUGACGACGACCGCUCUCGAAGCCGCAGCGGUAGUGCCGACUUGGACAUGGACUUGGACGAACCCGGGCAGGGUAACAAGCUCGACUGGGACAAGCUCGCACUCGGUACUGGCUCGGGGGGCAUCAAGGGGAGGAGGAGAGGAAUGGUCUUCAAGUGCGAGACGUGCUCAAAGGAAUACCGCCACCCAUCGUGUCUGAUAAAGCACCGCUGGGAGCAUUCGCCCCACUGGCGUGAGCCGACCCAGAUCAGCAUGAGCAAGCACCAGCAGGUACAGAUGCUCGAGGCGGCUGCCAUUCUCUCUCACAUCAACCCCGACAGCGGCCGCUCGCUCCCUGGCGAUAAGUCGCUCUGGCCUGCUGCGCUCUCUCCCGAGCCCAACCACGCCGUCUUGCGGUCGGCCAAGUCGGUGACACGUGACCUCCCUUCCAUACGUUCGCCCAGGUCACACGCCUCGCCCCUCUCACCGGGAUCCUUCCGCGACCUCAGCAACGUCCCUAUCACCAAAGACCGCAAGUCGAGCCCUGCUUCCGACUCGACGUCGUCCAUGGGCCACGAUGCGUCCCCGCACCCCAACUCGCUGGGCUUGGAGAGCAGCCAUGCGCGCCCGUUGGGUAUCAGCAACCACGGCCGCCGCACGUCGGUCUCCUCGACGGGCGGUCCAACGACUCCAGCCUCCAUUGGCUCAUUACCCGACGUGGGCGGGCUUCACUUCCACGUUGGCUCGACUCCGACAACGGGUGCCUCGCCUCUGCCCAACCGCGCCCUAUCGCUAAACGCACGUAUGCGCAUGCCCGGCGGCGGAAUGUUCGGUGCUCAAGGUACCGGCGGCCUGUUUGGCCCGUCAAGCUCUCGCAGCGCCUCAAUCCGCCUUCCGGACUCUGACAUCCGUGGUGGCCGCGGCGGAAGCGCUGAGGACGACGAGCUGGGACGUCCCCAUAGCUCGUCCGAGGAGGCCGAGGAACGCCGACGUGACGAAGAAAGCUUCGCCGUCGGCGAGAUGGAGCUGUAA